AUGCCGGAAAAGUGUCGCCUAUGCCUGUCUGGCUGUCCGCUUUCGCAGGUGGAGGACGAUGAAUUGCGUUGGGUGAUCGAUAAGAUUUUCUAUUUCAAGGUUUUUCGCAGCUCCGAAGAUGCAACUUUGAUUUGCGACACUUGCCGGGAAACUGUGUCUGGAUUCCACGAGUACGCAGAGAGUGUCUGGAGGAAUCAGCAGUUUCUGAGGACCUGCGUGGUGCCUUCCACUAGCGGCGUUGGAAAUAAAGCCAUCGUUACGAAAGUAGAGGAUGCAGCGUCACUAGGGGCCGUUUCAAAAAAGGAAAAGAUAGAAGAAGAUGAAGACGAAGAACAACGAAUGCCGGUUGAAUACCUGGAAACUAGCAUGGGUACUGGUGACGAUUCGAUAGAAGAUGAUGUGAAAGAAGAUCGGGAUUGGAUAGUUCCUGAUGAUGAUGACGAGGAUCACUUAGACGGUGUCGAUAGUGAUAAUGAUUCGGACAUGCUUAAACCAUUAGUAGCCAAAACAGAAACGGUUUCAUUCGAAAUCGAAGAGCUUUCGAAUGAUGUGGAAUACCUUGAAGAAGUGCGGUCUAGCAAAAAACAGAAACCAAAACCUAAAAAGCCUGUAUCCAGCAAGGCUCCCGUGGUUGAAAGUCCAAAAUCCGAGAUCGAACAGCAGCUACUGCAACAUUAUGAUUUAUCUUGCGAUUUAUGUGCGCAGCCGUUGGCUGGAUUCGGAGAACUGUUGAGGCAUUUUAAAAAUAUACACAACCGAUUCUUGCAGCCGGUACACAAAUGGCCCUUCGAAUAUGCUGGAGAGCCCAACAUAAUAAAGCUGGGAGAAUUUUUGAAUCAAGUGAACACCUAUGCUGUCACAGAAGAAAUGGACGAACAAACCCUGCUUCGAUCAAUCAAGCACUUGCUCAAGGGACGAGCGCUUCAAUGGUACACUCGCUGUUAUUUCCAACUUAUCAGCUGGGAUGUGUUCAAAACAGAAAUCAAGCAGGAGUUUCUACCACCCAACUAUUCUGAAAUAAUAAAGCAAGACCUCUACCUACGUUUCCAAGGGCCGAACGAAUCCUUCACAUCGUUUUACAGAGAUCUUCUGGCUGCGUUCGAAAUAGUUGAACCAACGAUAACGGAAUCAGAAAAAUUGUUCAUUGUAAAAUCCCAUUUGAAUUCGGACUACACGCCAAUAGCGGCUGCGUCGCGAGCUACCACUAUCAAAGAGUUAGUCGCUGUAUGCAAAGACUUCGAAGUAUCUCGGUCCUAUUCAGUGCGAGGCAGAGCAUCCACAGCGAAUCGAUCAACAUGGCACAGAUCGGAUACCGCUACGUAUCAACGCCCGGUGAUGAAUAGAACAGAAGUUCCCAACCGAACGCAAUUUAACAGACCAACAUUCAACGAGGCAAGGAUAAAUUCACUAGAAUUGAACACGGAGAUAGAGGAAGCUUGGGAUCCAAUUCUAAUCCGAGAACGGGAAGCUGUCCAACAUGACAUAGCGUUGCAACACGAGCGAAUAGCAGAGGGGACAGAUGAAGUGCACGCGGUUCGCCUCCAGAAUAAUUGGAGAGAAAGAACAACAUCAAAUCCUCAGCCACCUACUACGGGAGAACAGCAAACAAGACAUUUCACACCAACGAUCAUCUGUUGGCAGUGUGACAAAUCUGGUCACACUUAUUUGCAUUGUCCAAACCCAAAACGAUUCCUUUUUUGUUAUAGUUGCGGGAAAAAAGGAUGCACUACCAGAAACUGUGAUGCCUGCAUCUCGCGAUGGAGACAACUGGAUUCGAUAAAUAUUCAACAGCAUUCGGAAAACCGCAAUUGGGAGAAUCCGCAAUAG